AUGAACAAGCCAUCUGCUUCUGCAUUACGCAAUAUCAUAGAUACUGUUUCUGCCAUAUAUGAGUCCCUAUUGUCAAUAGGAGAUGAUAAGAACAUUUCAAAUGCGAUUCUUAUUCAUUUAGUCAUGUCAAGAGUCGAUGCCGCCACGAAAUCUAAAUGGGAGGAACAAUUAGAUUACAAUAAGCUGCCGCUCUGGUCUGAUUGCGAGACUGCGUUAAAUAAGCGAUACCAACACAUUUCUGCUGACGAAGCUUCUACGUCAAGGUCUCGAUCGAACAGGCCAAAACAAGACAACUGGCAAGGUAAGAAUGUAAAAUCGUCACUUAUGUGCAAGAAAAAUAGUUCGCAAGAGGAAAGUAGAUGUUUGUUCUGUAAUGCGAAGGAACAUGUAAUAAAUUCAUGCUCCGCCUUUGCUGCCCUCUCAGUUACUGAACGGUUCAAUUUCAUUAAAUCAUCUUCGGCAUGCAUAAAUUGUCUCAAGAAAGGGCACACGGUAUCUAGAUGCAAGGCGUCACGCUGCAGAGUGUGUAAUCGGUCGCACCAUACUCUUUUACACCAAUAUUCUACUAACACUCCUCAAACAGGUUUAUCUUAUAAUCCAGAACAACCUAUUAUUUCUCGUGCCUCUGUGAAUCAUAGUUCAUCGAAUGACGAUCAAAUUAUUCUAGCCACUGCAGUCAUAACCAUUCAAGGAAAAUCUGGAGAGUAUCAGCUGGCCAGAGCACUGCUCGAUUCCGGUUCUCAAGUAAACCUUAUAACCGAGGAACUUGCACAACGACUGCAACUAAAAAAAGAAGCGAAAACUCUAAACCUAAUUGGCAUUGGUGAAACAAACUCCACAGUACGGCAAAAAUUACAUGCCACUGUGAGAUCACGUAUUAACUCUUAUGAGUUUUCUACUGAUUUUUGGGUAAUGCCUUCAAUCUCCACUUACCAACCCGACAAAUUUGUGUCAAUGAGUAAUUGGAAUGUUCCUUCCAAUCUUUCACUUGCUGAUCCGCACUUUCACAAACCUCAAAAGAUAGAUCUUCUACUUGGUGCCGAAAGCUUUUUCGAACUGUUGUCGAUUGGACAAAUAAAACAAGGUACUAAUCUUCCAAUUCUCCAAAAAACUUUACUUGGAUGGAUUGUAUCAGGAAAAUAUAAAGAUGUCCCAAGUAAUGCAUCUAAGAUAUGCAAUUUAAUACGCCUUCAAGAAGCAGAGUCAACAGGUGAUUUCUGCUUAAACUCUCUUGUGAAAAAAUUCUGGGAAUUGGAAGAAAUUCCCAAGGAGCUCACUGUCAAAAAAUACACAAUAGAACAACAACACUGUGAGACCAAGUUUCUCAACACAAUUUUACGCUUACCUUUAGGGAGGCUUAAGGUGCAGCUUCCUUUCAAGUCCAACCCCAACCUUCUAGGUCAGUCAUAUGAAACAGCAAAAAAUCGUUUUCUCUCACUGGAACGCAGGUUGUCGAAAGACUGUAUGCUUCAGAAGCUGUAUAUGGAGUUUAUGGCAGAGUAUCGUGACUUAGGUCACAUGACAUUAACUACUGACAACUUUUCUUCGACACCUCAUUACUAUAUACCGCAUCAGUGUGUGUUGAGACCUCAGAGUACCUCGACAAAACUUCGCGUCGUGUUCGAUGCUUCAUGCCGAACAUCUUCACAAGUGUCGUUGAACGACAUUCUAAUGGUUGGUCCAACGGUACAAGAAGAAUUGUAUUCAAUCCUACUUCGCUUUCGUAUGCACAAAUACGCGAUGACUGCUGACAUUACAAAAAUGUACCGUCAAAUCGAAGUUGACGAGGCAGAUCGCAAUUUUCAACUUAUUCUCUGGAGGGAAAAACCUACGGAUCAGAUUAGCGUUUAUAAACUGAACACAGUGACAUAUGGUACUUCACCUGCUCCUUUCUUGGCAACACGUUGCCUAAACUACUUAAGUGACCUGUACAAGAAUUCUCAUUCAGUUGGAGCAAGGGUUAUCCGACAUGACUUCUAUGUCGAUGACCUAUUGACUGGUGCUGACAGUCUGAAGGAACUGGAAACAAUUCGUACCCAAUGUACUGAAAUUCUUGAUUCGGCUGGAUUUAAAUUAGCGAAAUGGUUUCAAACCAUAAAACGUAUGACUCGUCAGACUUCGUUCUAA